GAUUCGCCGCUUUUCAUCUAGUUGUAUUGUAUGGUCCCGCGUAUGCAUGCCACUUGUAGUUGAGUUCUUCUAUUUUUCUUUCUUUUUUUUAUUUCAUAAUUUUGAGUACAAAAAAGAGUGGCAUUACCGUUAAAAGAUGAUGGGGGUACAAUGGAACCCAAAGUUUGUAAAGGAUAGAUAGAUAGCAUAAUAAUCUGUGAAGAAGCCUUUGCCACUGUGCCCACUUAGCAUUGAUGAUCCUAAAAGGAUCCUGGAACAGAAAUCAGUGGGAGCUGCAUAUGGCCAAGAAAAAAGUCACCUCUCUUCUCUCUCUCUCUCUCUCUCUCUCUCUCUCUCGUAAAAAAGGUUUUGCCUUUUUGAACCGAGCAAUCACGAGCCUCUCCUGAAAUCUCUUUCCUUUGAGUUCAUCUUUUUCUACUGCCAAACAACCUAAUCCUCCUGAUCCUAUCAGAAACACCAGCCCUGAAAAAACUCUCUCUUCUGCUCCCUUUAUUCAAGAAACUCUGGAUUUCCAUGGAUUCUGUUCCUUCGUUUUGCCUCCCUCGUUUCACGAAACCAUGAUCUCCAUCUGCAUGAGUUUUCUUCUAUUCGUCAUGAAGUUGUUCUUCAUCACUAACUGGUUUCUUCUGCUUUGAUACUCAAAAGGGCUGUUCUGCUUCUUAAUUAUAUGUAUUAUGACAUGAGAAAAUGUUAGUUUGGCUCUUCUUUCACCUAACUCUCGAUGGGUUUAAUCAGGUUCAGCGUAUGUUUCGUUAAAUUCAUGAAACCCCAUAUUUCUUUUCCAUUCUUCUUCGGAACCCAUGUUUUUGAAUCAGUUCAUGCACUUCCUGAAAUCGAUUCACACAUUCAGAAGGAGGGUUCCUUUUGAUUGUUUGGUUUUUGAUAAUAUUAUUAUAAGAUUCCCUUCCAAUAUUCUUUUGGCCUUUGAAGAGAGCAAGCUCUAAUGGCGUCCUCGUGUUUUCAUGCACUUCGUAUUAGAAAGUCAAAGAGCAAACCUUUACCAGUCCCUUCCUCCUCAAAAACCCAAGCAAGUUCAGAUAUGGAGACUUUGGAGAGAAAGAGAUUUGACAGCUUAGAGUCAUGGUCCAUGAUAUUGGAUUCAGAAAAUGUAGAAACUUGGGAGCCAUCAAAGGAGGACCAAGAGGAGGAGUGGACUGCUGAUCUUUCCCAACUCUUCAUUGGUAACAAAUUCGCUUCAGGAGCCCAUAGUAGAAUCUAUCGAGGAAUUUACAAGCAGAGAGCCGUUGCUGUGAAAAUGGUAAGGAUUCCAAACCAGAAUGAGGAAACAAGAACCUUACUUGAGCAGCAAUUUAAGUCUGAGGUCGCCUUCCUCUCACGUCUCUUUCAUCCAAACAUAGUGCAGUUUAUUGCAGCUUGUAGAAAACCCCCUGUGUACUGUAUUAUAACAGAAUACAUGUCACAAGGAACACUGAGGAUGUACCUGAACAAGAAGGAGCCUUAUUCACUCUCAACAGAAACAAUUCUAAGGUUAGCUCUUGACAUAUCUCGAGGAAUGGAGUACCUUCACUCUCAAGGUGUAAUCCACAGGGACUUAAAAUCAAAUAAUUUACUUCUAAAUGAUGAUAUGAGAGUUAAGGUGGCAGAUUUUGGUACUUCAUGUCUAGAAACACAGUGUCAGGAGACCAAAGGUAACAUGGGAACAUACCGUUGGAUGGCGCCAGAAAUGAUUAAGGAGAAGCCUUACACCAGAAAAGUUGAUGUUUAUAGUUUUGGGAUUGUGCUAUGGGAACUCACAACGGCCUUGCUGCCUUUUCAAGGAAUGACCCCUGUGCAGGCUGCAUUUGCUGUGGCGGAGAAGAAUGAAAGGCCUCCUCUACCAGCUAGUUGUCAACCGGCUCUUGCUCAUCUGAUAAAGCGGUGUUGGGCGGCGAACCCCUCAAAGAGGCCGGAUUUCAGUGACAUUGUGUCGGUUUUGGAGAAGUAUGAUGAGUGUGUGAAGGAGGGUCUUCCUCUUGCUCACCAUUCGAGCCUAGUCAGCCGAAAUGCCAUUAUUGAACGCUUGAAAGGUUGUGUAUCUAUGAGCUCUUCCAUACCUGUACAUGCCUAGCUGACUGACUCAACUAAAGAGGUAUUAUUAAUUUGUUACUCUAAUUAGUAUUAUUGUUGUUAAUUCAUGCUAAAAAAAAAAAGAAGAAAAGAAAAACGCUUGUCACGUUAGUAUAUUAAUUACUAAUCAGUUCAAUUUGUAAUUUGUACAUGCUUGAUCAUGCUCUUUCCAACUCUGUAAUGUAACUAUCCAUAGGUUUCUAAGGUUGGCAUUCUACCAGUGAGUAACCAAUCAUAUGCAAUGAUAUGGUUUUGAAAAAGAAAAAAAAAAUUAAAAAUAUGAGAAUAGAAGCAAAUGAAUUUAUUAUGCUUCUUUACUCACUAUGGAUACUGGUUUUGGCUUUGUCAAUGUAUAAUGUUACAACUAACUUUAAUACCCUUUACACAACAAGAUGGUUCUACUUUGGUUAA